UUCACUCCCGUUGGGCGUUCAAAACUUUUGAGACUCAACCCUCUCCGACCAGUAAAACUGAAACCAAAUUCUAUAUCAAAACGACGCCGCCUAAACAGUUAUACUCAAAAAAAAAAAAAAAAAAAAUUUAUAAUAACACUGUGAGUGAGUGAGUGUGAAGCAACAAAAGCUGAGACUCGGAGAGAGAGAGCUCAAAACCUCAGAGACGAAAAUGGUGGUUUUUGGCGGGAAGAAGGUGGGCCAGGUGGUGGCCGGAAUUGGCGGUAACGGUUUGGGCCAGAUUCUUGCCGCCGUGGCCACUGCUCUCCUCUUCCGCCUCUUCUCCGGCCCAGGCCCAGCUCUCCCGCCGGAGGCCGAUCAAGAAGACCGCGACGACUUCGCCGGAGACUCCAAAUCCGGCGAGUCCACCGCCGACGGUAAAGUCCUUCCGGUCACUAUCCGGUGGCGCAACAUCAAUUGCUCUCUCUCCGAUAAAUCCUCCAAAUCAGUGCGGUUUCUGCUUAAAAACGUGAGUGGAGAGGCGAAACCGGGGAGAUUGUUAGCGAUAAUGGGGCCAUCAGGGUCAGGAAAGACUACAUUGCUCAAUGUUCUUGCAGGUCAGAUGAUGGCGUCGCCACGUGUGCAUUUGUCAGGCCUUUUGGAGGUCAAUGGGAAGCCUAGCUCUAACAAAGCUUAUAAGUUUGCUUAUGUGAGACAAGAGGAUCUCUUUUUCUCGCAGCUAACUGUGCGGGAAACGCUGUCUCUUGCAGCCGAGCUUCAGCGUCUGGAGGUACCUUCCGUGGAAGAGAGGGAUGAAUAUGUGAACACUCUCUUAUUCAAACUAGGAUUGGUCAGUUGUGCUGAUACCCGUAUUGGUGAUGCAAAGGUCCGUGGAAUCAGUGGGGGUGAAAAGAAACGCUUAUCUCUGGCUUGUGAACUCAUUGCAAGCCCAUCGGUCAUAUUUGCUGAUGAACCGACAACUGGACUUGAUGCCUUCCAGGCAGAGAAAGUUAUGGAAACUCUUCGACAGCUUGCACAGGAUGGACAUUCUGUUAUCUGCUCCAUACACCAACCUCGGGGGUCUGUGUACAGCAAAUUUGACGACAUUGUGUUGCUAACAGAGGGUGCACUUGUUUAUGCUGGUCCUGCUCAUGAAGAACCACUGGCAUACUUCUCUAAAUUUGGGCACCAUUGCCCAGAUCAUGUUAAUCCAGCUGAAUUUCUUGCUGAUCUCAUAUCCAUUGACUACAGUUCUUCUGAAAGUGUCUCUUCUUCUCAGAAACGGAUCGAUGGUCUUGUUGACUCUUUCUCACUACAAUCAUCAACAAUUCUUUAUGCUACCCCAAUUACCAGAAGGGAGGUCUCCAGAAGUGGCAUGCAGUUAAGCAAGAAAACUAUAACCAAGAAGAAGGGAGGUUGGUGGAGGCAAUUCUGGUUGCUCCUUAGACGAGCAUGGAUGCAGGCUUCUCGAGAUGGGCCAACAAAUAAAGUUCGGGCAAGAAUGUCGGUUGCAUCAGCUAUAAUAUUUGGGUCAGUUUUCUGGAGAAUGGGAAGAUCUCAGACAUCGAUACAAGACAGAAUGGGACUGCUUCAGGUUGCUGUGAUAAAUACUGCAAUGGCUGCUCUUACAAAGACUGUGGGUGUGUUUCCCAAGGAACGUGCAAUUGUAGACAGAGAGCGUGCAAAGGGGUCUUAUAAGUUAGGACCCUAUCUGCUUUCCAAAUUGCUAGCUGAAAUUCCUAUUGGAGCAGCAUUUCCAUUAAUGUUUGGUGCUGUGUUGUACCCCAUGGCUCGACUUCAUCCGACUUUGUCCAGAUUUGGGAGGUUCUGUGGUAUCUUGACUGUAGAAUCUUUUGCUGCGUCUGCAAUGGGUCUUACAGUUGGGGCUAUGGUUCCAACCACUGAAGCAGCAAUGGCAGUUGGGCCCUCUCUUAUGACAGUAUUCCUUGUAUUUGGAGGCUAUUAUGUCAAUGCUGACAAUACACCAAUCAUCUUCCGUUGGAUUCCUCGUGUUUCUCUAAUAAGAUGGGCGUUUCAGGGGCUUUGCAUUAAUGAAUUUAAGGGUCUUCAAUUUGAUCAUCAGAAUUCUUUUGAUAUUCAAAACGGAGAACAGGCACUUGAGCGGCUCUCCUUUGGAGGAAGUCGCAUUAGGGAGACGGUGAUAGCUCAGAGUAGGAUACUAUUGUUUUGGUAUUCCACAACUUACCUUCUCCUUAAGAAAAACAAGCCCAAAUACCAGCAGCUUGAAUUACCCCCUCCUGACCAAAUCCAACCAGAGCAACCGCUUGAGACUUUUACUACUUACCAAGUUGAAAAAUACAGCCAACUUGAGUCACUUCCCAUCAAUCAGGUCGAAUCAAACCAACAUCUUGAAUCACCGCCAAUUGACCAAGUCCGACCAUUUAUCCUAGAAGGUGCUAAUUAAGGAAAAAAGAUGUCUUUGCAUAAAGGGCGGGUCUCGUGCAUAAUGUGCUUCUGUAGUACUUUUGACUUGUCGUAAUUGUUGUAUAUGGACUCAUUAGCGUAGGAAUCUUCUUAUGGAACUAGACUUGCAAAUUACAAAGGAUCUUAAUGACAUAUAAAGUGGUCAUACAGAACCUUCUCAGAUAGAGAAAUUUGAAUGCUCAUUGCCGUUCAUUGUAGCUGAGAGAUCUCUUGCUUGGUUUCUUCUUAGUUUUCUAGACUUCUUUGCUAGCGCAAUGGGCAAAAUUCCCACCUUUUUAUUAUGUUAUUCAUAGUGAGCAAGUGGCAUGUAAUUCCAAUAUUUGAAUAUCAAAUUCUAACCAGUGCAUAUUUCUGUUAAUUA